AUGCCAAGCAAGUUAAAGAAGGCAAUCGGGGCAGUGAAAGACCAGACGAGCAUAAGCCUAGCCAAGGUCUCCAACGCCUCCACCUCCGCCAACCUCGAAGUCACCAUCCUCAAGGCCACCUCCCACGACGUCGUUCCCAUCGACGACAAGUACGUCCAUGAGAUCCUCACCCUCAUCUCCUCCUCCAAGUCCAACGCCGCCGCCUGCGCCCAAGCCAUCGCCAAACGCAUCGGCAAGACUCGCAACUGGAUCGUCGCCCUCAAGUCCCUCAUGCUCGUCCUCCGUAUCUUCCAGGACGGCGACCCCUUCUUCCCCAUUGAUGUCCUCCACGCCAUGAAACGUGGCGCCAAGAUCCUCAACCUCUCAAACUUUAAAGACGAAUCCACCUCAUGUCCCUGGGACUACACCUCCUUCGUCCGUAACUUUGCUCUCUACCUUGACGAGAGGCUCGACUGCUUCCUCACCGGAAAGCUCCAGCGGCGUUUCACCUACCAGCGUGAUCAUGACUGCAUUAUCAUCAACAACAACCGAAGCCGCCGGCGAGGGAACGAACCGGUGGUUCGUGACAUGAAACCGGCAAUGUUACUAGACCGCAUACAAUUCUGGCAGAAACUGCUGGAUCGAGCCAUUGCCACAAUUCCCUCCGGUGCUGCCAAAACGAACCGUUUAAUCCUCAUUUCCCUCUACGCAAUCGUCCAAGAGACGUACGAUCUAUACAGAGACAUUUCCGACGGGCUGGCGCUGCUUUUAGAUAGCUUUUUUCAUCUCCAAUACCAAUCAUGCCUAAGUGCUUUUCAUGCAAGCGUAAAAGCGUCGAAGCAAUUCGAAGAGCUUUCAAGUUUUUACGAAACAUGCAAGGCGUUAGGGGUUGGGAGGACCUCUGAGUAUCCAAGCGUGCAGAAAAUCUCUGAGGAGCUGAUCGAGACGUUGCAGGAGUUUGUGAAAGACCAAGCUUCGUUUCCAGGUCGAUCCCCGCCAUGCCAUUUGAAUCAGAAUCGUACAGAUAAAGGGACGGUGACCAGCCUUGAACAACAAUUUGAGUUUGCUGAUUCGGAGCCGCACGAGAGUACUGCAUCGGAUUUUGGUUCAGCUUGUACGUCGUUAUCAGAUUUGGCAAGUGUUGGCGGUAUAGAAAAUGGGGCUAGCCCAUCAAGGUCGGUCGAGCAAGAUUUCUUAACCUCCGAUGAGCAAUUGUCCGAGAAGACUCUAUCUCCGUUACAGUCACCGUUACCGGAGUUCAUGGUUGGUAGUAAUGAAACUAAUGAUAAAGCACCGAGCCAAACUUCGUCGCAGGUUGAUCUUUUGGACUUGUUUCAACCGCAACAAACAGAUCAUGUUCAACAAGCUAAUCAAGAAGGUGAAAAACCUCAAUGGGAACUUGUUCUAUUUGAGUCUGCAAAUCAAAAUGGUGCAACAGAAACGUCACCAAUUACUUCCCCUCCUCCCAACCUGUUUGCUUCUCUUUCUCCUAACAUGUCUCCUAAUCUGUUGGAGCCGUCGUCCAGCCCGGACUUGGAUUAUUUCUUUCAGAAUUCUUCGACAAGCAAUGCAUUACAUAUAAACAAUCCAUUUCUUCAAGACAUUUUACAAGUUGAGGGCUUUGCAAUUCCCACCUCUAAUGAGACAACUAGUAACGUUGGCCUAGAAAAUUUGGACGAUUUUUCUUUCCCUUCCACAUCUCAGCCAACGGUGCCACCAACAUUUUCUUCACAGAACCCAAAUGGGGCAGUGGCUCCAAUAUGUAGUGAGGUAGAUACAAUAGAUAGGACAGUGGUACCAACAUUUCGUGCAACAAAUCCGAAAGAGACUGAAAUUGCACCAACAUUUUCAGCUCAUAGUGUGGAAGCAGGAAGCUCAAUGCCAGCAUCUUUUUGUGCGCAGAGUACAAAUAAUAGCAUAACGGCACCAACAUUUCAAGCGGAAGUUCCGAGCGAUAGGACUUUUGCAGUUUCAUUUGGUGAAGAAAAAAUGAAAGAGACUGAAGUUGCACCAACAUUUUCGGCUCAGAGUGGGGAAGGAACCUCAAUGUCUCCAUACUUUUGUGCACUUUCAAAUAACAGCUUAACGGCACCAACAUUUAUAGCAGAAUUUCCGAAGGAUAGAACUUUGGCCCUUUCAAUUUGUACAGAAAAUUCAGAAGAGAGCACAGUGUCGCACAAAUUUGGGGAGCUGGCUCCUAAUAACGAGCUCAUGGCUGUGCCAACUUUCUCGACGAGUACUAGUGACAACGAGACCCCAAGAAUGUUUGGUUCGCCAUUUGCUAUCCAAAAUGAUGACCCGUUCGGACCCUUCUCUAGCAUGACAAGUACAACUGAACCUUUGUGUAAUGGAGCAAUGACUCAAGAAGCUGUGUUGCUUCAACAAAGACAAUGGUUGGAGCAACAAAACAAGAUUAUUGCUAAGCAUUUGACUUGA